UCAGGUUGCUAAGCAUUUUUAGCGUCCUGUUUGUCUACAGUUGCUAGCUAAUUGUUAGCUGACUGCUAAUUCAGAGGGAAAAAAGGGGGCAAACUAAGCCCUGUCAAACAAUGUGUUUUAUUAGAUUUCGUCGCGGAUUAACGCAUAGAACAAGGACUUCUACACGGACUAACUCGACUAAAUGAUGGCGAAUGAGCCUGCAGCAACGCGCCAUUGAUUUCCAAACAACGACUGAAUGAAAGCAGAAAUAUUUCCUGUCUCGUUGGGCUUUGAACGUUUGUGGUUCUCACAUGAGUUCCAGGGAGUCAGCCAAGAUGGGGGACAUCUUGGCAACUGAAGCUGAUCUUCUUGGGAUGAUCCAAGAGUAUCUUAGGUUUGAAGAAUUUGAAGAGACUGUUCAAACGUUUGACAAGGAGUGCAAAACCAAAGGCAAGCUUGUCUCAAAGCCACGUGGGAGUACUCUCAGAGACUCAAAGACUCGUGUCAUCCAGGAAGAUCUUCUCAGCUCCUUUGAUGAUGGAGACCACAAAGUGUUCUUUGAACUAUGGGCAGAGAACGUUCCCUCCGAGGUAAAAGACGCAGAUGCCGAUGCACAGAACCUUGAGUUCAACCUUCAUAUCCACUUUACCAUCUACCCAUUGAGGACGCACCCGAGUAGACAGGGCCGGGCUGAAUUUGAGGAGAGGAUUUCCCUUUUCAAGCAGUACCUUGAAACUGGUGGGGCAGCCCUGAGCCAGACCGCUGAGUUUCUGCCUUAUUACGCUUUGCCUUUCGUUCCCAACCCCACCAUUCACCCCUCCUUCAAGGAUCUAUUUCAGGAUUCCUGGAUACCGCAGUUGAAGGACAAGUUGGAGAAGUUCUUAUCGGUUACUCUGAAAUCAUCUAAGAUUCCUCGGCUGUUGACUUUAUAUAAGGAGGGUGGAAGGACUACUAAAGAAGCCAUGCAGCAGUUACAGCUUCAGAUGGCAGAGUCGGAGCGACGCAUCGCCAGCUACGUACGGAAGUGCAACAAGGUCAAAGCUGACUACCAUAACCUGAUUGGAAUCACUGCUGAGCUGGUCGACUCUUUAGAGGCCACAGUCAGCGGAAAGAUGAUCUCCCCUGAGUACCUGCAGAGCGUGUGUGUUCGCCUAUUCAGCAGCCAGAUGAGGCAAAGCGCUGUUCAGAGCACGGACUUCACGAGGCCGGGCACUGGCUAUUACUCUAUGAGUCCUUAUGAUGAUGGCUAUGCCUCCUCUAUGCUACGAGCAUCCAUUGCACCACAGAGGCCAAAAGAGGUUCCGAUGCUGCCCUCUCUGGACUAUGAGAAGUUGAAGAAAGACUUGGUUGACGGCCCAGACCGACUGAGGUGUCUCCUGCUGCAGGCGCUGCGCUGGAGACUCACUCGCUCGCUUCCUGGUGAACAGAGGGACACAGUGCUUCAAGCCUACAUCAGUAACGACCUGCUGGAGCGCUUCGGUACGAAGAAGAAAACUGUGCUCCAUUUGAUGAAAUCAGCAAACGAGGUUGUCCGUCAAUACACUGCUCGUCUCAUCAAUGCAUUUGCUUCCCUUGCAGAGGGCCGGAUUUAUCUCUCCCAAAUUCCCAUUCUUCUGAAACUUCUGACGGAGACGCUAAGGAAGGAGGACAAGGACUCUCUGACUCGGGAAAAUGUACUGGUUGCCCUGCAGAAACUCAGUCUUAGGAGAAGCCAGCAGACGGCCAUGAUCGCAGAUAAUCUUGUUGGCUGGCUUGUGGAUGAACUGCAGGACUCGGACUGCCUCAGUGACUACACCCUGGAGUAUUCUGCAGCUCUGCUUAUGAACUUAUGUUUGCGAACCAGAGGAAAAAGGAAGUGUGCAGAAAACGCCAAGCAUGUCCUCAAAGUUCUGACUGACCUCCUCGGACAUGAGAACCAUGAGAUUCGGCCAUAUGUGAAUGGAGCUCUGUACAGCAUCCUGUGUAUUCCCUCUGUGCGACAGGAAGCCAGGGAGAUGAGCAUAGAGGAGAUUCUUCGCUGUUACAACAAAGAGGAAAACCCGGACCUCAACAGGCAGAUUGAGUUCAUCAUCAAGCAGCUAAACUCAGGUGAUGAAGAAGGACCAGAGUCAGAUGAUGAGGAAGAGGAGGAUGACAAUGACGAGGAUUUAAUGGAAAUGGAACUUGAUAAAGAGGAAGUUCUUCAACCACAGCAAAGAGAGCUGUCUGGGGAGACUCUGCUCACCACUGAGUAUCUUGGGAUCAUGACAAACCUGAUGAAAGUCAAGAGGAAGUCAACACCUCUCCCACACCCAAAUGUUGAUGAGCCCUUACAACGGCCAGUCACCCCAAGUUUUCAUCGAAACGGAAGCACCGGUGAAAACCGACCAAGCAGUCAGUGUUGUGAGAGUGGCAGGAACGGGGAAUACCCCCUGAACAGACAGAAGAGUGAGGAAGGAAGCCUGAUCCCUUCCCGGUACAAUUCUCGACCUCCUACACGUUCCGGCAGCCCGCCCAGCACGGCUGACUCUCUGCGCCACAGCAUUGACUCAGAAUGUGCGCGUUUCUACCAGGAUCCAGAGUUGGACGGGACAUAUGAAGAUCAAGCUAGGAAAGAACGGUCCCAGGAGGAACACAACGGGCACUCGCUCAGUGGCAGCUAUGUCGCUGGACUUGUGAGCGCCCCCAAGAUCCCCCGCACACCUGAUCCGCCCAUUAACCAGAACAGUGCUCACCGGAACCGCGGGCUCGCCCCGGCGCCCCAGUUUUCCCAGUCGGAGCCACAGCAGGCCAGCCGGCCUGGCUCUGCCAGCACCGCGGGAGCAGGGGGGAGUGCAGCCAAGCACUCUAAGAGGCGGUGAAGAGGGAGCUGUCACCAUGGGGGGAAGCGCUAUCUGUCCAGGAACGGCAAGCUUCCUGUAACCUCAUCCCCCCAGGUUGCGAUCGGGGUCAGGCCAACAGAGAUGGGUAAGGAUCAGCGGCGGCAGGGAGAGGAGGAAGAGGAGUGUGCGAAACAAUGUGUAGGAUUGUGGCUGUAAAUCCUCCCCCCUGGCUGCAGCACGCUGCUUUGGGAACGUGAUACGAAGGCAGACAAUAAUCACAACCACCAGCGAAGCAACCCAGUCAAGGGAAAAGUCUGAAUUUCUGUGUCAUAAAUUAUUGUUGGGCUGUUGUGUUUGUUUUCAACCUGGUUUACCAUUUCCACAUCGUGUUUUCUUUUUGGAAAACGCCUGUUUUUGUUUGGGUUUUUUUUUUGGUUUUUUUAUUCUCUCUCUUUUUUUCUUUUUUUUUACUGACCUUAAUGCGUGGGGUUAGACUUGGCCUGAGUCAGGAUAUAGCAUAUUCUUAAAGGGAUAUUUAAUAUAACUAUGUUAUUAGAGUAAAAUGAAAUGCAAUCUAAGUCUGUAACACUCAAUGUUUUAAUAACGUUUUUAAAUUAUAGUACAUUUCCGUCCACAUGAAGAUGUGAUUGUACUUUGCUGAAAAUGAAAAUGAAACACAUUGUAUAAAUCUGACGAUCUAAGAGACGCACAUUUCUUAGUUAGACUUUUCUAAAUCCUGAGUGUUUUUAAUUGUUUUUGGAACUUGCUUGAUGUAUCUGAGGGGGGAAAAACUUGAACAUUUGUGAUUGUCCUUAAAUUCAGCGUGUUUUGCAUUGUACACCUGCACUAUUUACAUGUAUGGUAAUGUGUAUAUAUAUGUGUGUUCAGUGCUACUUCUUUGAUGUAAUGCAAUGUCACAGUGCUUUUAAUUAAAUUUGGGACUUCAGCUG